AUGACAACGGAUUUUUUAAGAGAAUUUGCUAAUCAUAAGUUAUUUGGAGGUGGUGAUUUAGUAGUCAAGUGUUAUGAAAAAGAAUUAGCAGAAAGUUUGAGAGAGCAAGAUCCAAAAAGCACAGAAUUUACUAAGCAAUUCAAAGAAGCUGAAGAACAUAAUAAAAACUUGGCUAAUGAAGUAAAAUUCCCAGACUAUAAAAAGAAAAUGCACACUGGAGCAGUCUAUCACAGCCAGCUUUUACCAACCAAAGAAAUUACUAGAAUAUUACAAGAACUCUCUGGUUCUUCCACGAUUAGCAUGAGCGGACUUCUGGAUAGCUUUCCCAAUACUUCCUCCGAAGAAAGCCAACAAUCUCAACAACAAGCCCAAAUCCUCCAACCCACUUACGGCACUCCUAGCUCAAGCAAAUAA